CCCAAAGAAGAAGAAGCAGCAGAAGCAUUUCCCUUUCGGUGUUUUUGAGCACGCACACACUUCCUGCAGAAACAAGCGAACUCAUUCAACGAUCUAGAGCGGGUGGUAGGCAACUAUAGUAUUUUCUUUCUAGACUGCGAAUCCAACGUUAUUUUCCAUUAUAGAUGUAUGAGCCAUACAUAAUGUUGUUUAAUAGUAUCGUAGAGUGUAACGUUACCCUAGCUCUGACUGUCUGAAUUAAUGCUGGUGGUGUUAACGUAGCUACUGUACACAUAUUUCCUACCGAUCUGCACGUUUCCACACGCGAGCUAACGCGGCAUUUUGUGUUUUAAUUGCAUGUUCCCAAUCGCGUAUCUUCAACUAAAUGUUUUUUUUUACAGAUCUAAAAUCUUUAAGAUGUUUUUGACCAGAUCGGAGUACGACAGGUAAGACUCGGAACUCUGCAUUGUCAUGACACCGGGCUAGCUAACUAGCCGCUAACAAUUACAUCGUUAACUUGCCCGUACGUACCACAAUACUCUUUGUUUAGCUCGCCAUCUAGUUGGCUAGUUAGGUGGUUUGUGCACUUGUUGUGUCUGGUAAACAUUUGCGAAUUAGUCAUUCCUUACUGGUAUAUUGUAAUAUGUCACUGAAAUUGCCGUGAUAGUUUGCUGGAUAACGUUAGCUAGCUAACGUUAAAGUUUCUUUCACUUUCACUUAGCUAACGUUAGUUAGUUACAGUAACUAAUUGCAUAAUGGUUGUGUUCCAGUCUGGUGUAUUUUGUGUAGAGAAAUAAGCUUAAUUUGUGCGGAGAAAGAAGUUUACGUUACCUGCUACCUCCGUUCUUCUAGAAAGCGCUAGCUAAUCCUGAAGUUGGCUGGCUAGCCAACGUUAGCUACAAUACAUUUUUCUAAACCUUCACAGUACAGUACUGACGGAAUAGCUAUUGGAACUUCAGUGCACUAAAUCUCAUCUUUUUUUCAGAGGAGUAAACACCUUUUCUCCAGAGGGACGACUGUUCCAAGUGGAAUAUGCUAUUGAGGCUAUUAAGGUAUUUUCAAAACAUAAAAUUCAAUAUCACAAGAACACACCAUUACACUUUACCUAUAAUAAUAGCUUCCUCGGAAGACAUUGUUCGUUGUCACGGAAAAUAGGCAACGUUGUGCGUCAUCUGUAUAUAGCGUUCAAAAGGUACUCUCACUCAAAGCAUGAAAAAUAAUAACCCAAGGAGGCCGAGAUGCAAAAAUAAUCAACUUAAUUUAAUCCAUGCUCAAAAUAAUACUGAGGGUGACCGUGCAAGGUGCUAAAAAUAAAACAAAAAUUAACAUGUAUUGGCCUUAAUUAGUGCUGUAAAAAGAAAUUAAGUACACAACUGCUGUGGGUAACAAGUGCAGCAGGUGCAGCCAUCCUUAAAUACUAGAGAAUGGAAUGUCAACAAGGUAUAUUAGCAUAGAAUAUCGGCGGCGCACAAUUGCCCCCCCGUCGUCCAGGGUAGGGGAGGGAAUGGCCGGCAGGGACUCAGUUGGUAGAGCAUGGCGUUUGCAACGCCAGGGUUGUGGGUUCGAUUCCCACGGGGGGCCAGUAUAAAAAAUAAUGUAUGCACUCACUAACUGUAAGUCGCUCUGGAUAAGAGCGUCUGCUAAAUGACUAAAAUGUAAAUGUAAUAUGUAGUAGAGAAAUAUAAAAAAUGGACAAUUCAAAUGUCACAUUAUUUAAGUUCUUAUUGGCAGACUAAAUAGCCUUGGUUUCUCAAAUGACUGCCUCGCCUGGUUCACCAACUACUUCUCAGAUAGAGUUCAAUGUGUCAAAUUGGAGGGCCUGUUGUCUGGACCUCUGGCAGUCUCUAUGGGGGUGCCACAGGGUUCAAUUCUCGGGCCAACUCUAUUCUCUAUGUAUAUCAAUGAUGUCGACUCUCAGAUCCACCUCUACACAGACGACACCAUUUUGAAUACAUCUGGCCCUUCAUUGGACACUGUGUUAACAAACCUCCAAACGAGCUUCAACACCAUACAACACUCCUCCAGUAGCCUCCAACUGCUCUUAAACGCUAGUAAAACUAAAUGCAUGCUCUUCAAUCGAACGCUGCUUGCACCCGCCUGCCCGACUAGAAUCACUACUCUCGGCGGGUCUGACUUAGGAUAUGUGGAUAACUACAAAUACCUAGGUGUCUGGUUAGACCGUAAACUCCUUCCAGACUCACAUUAAGGAUCUCCAAUCCAAAGUUAAAUCUAGAAUCGGCUUCCUAUUUCGCAACAAAGCCUCCUUCACUCAUGCUGCCAAACAUGCCCUUGUAAAACUUUACUAUCCUGCCAAUCCUUGACUUCGGCGAUGUCAUUUACAAAAUAGCCUCCAACACUCUACUCAGCAAAUUGGAUGUAGUCUAUCACAGUGCCAUCUGUUUUGUCACCAAAGCCCCAUAUACUACCCACCAUUGUGACCUGUACGCUCUCAUUGGCUGGCCCUCACUACAUAUUCGUCGCCAAUCCCACUGGCUCCAGGUCAUCUAUAAAUCUCUGCUAGGCAAAUCCCUGCCUUAUCUUAGCUCAUUGGUCACCAUAGCAACACCCACCCAUAGUAUGCGCUCCAGCAGGUAUAUCUCACUGGUCAUACCCAAAGACAACACCUCCUUUGGCCGCCAUUCCUUCCAGUUCUCUGCUGCUAAUGACUGGAACGAACUGCAAAAAUCUCUGAAGCUGGAGACUCUUAUCUCCCUCACUAACUUUAAGCAUCAGUUGUCAGAGCAGCUUACCGAUCACUGCACCUGUACACAGGCCAUCUGUAAUUUGCCCACCCAACUAACUCAUCCCCAUAUUGUUAUUUAUUUUGCUCAUUUGCACCCCAGUAUCUCUAUUUGCACAUCAUCUUCUGCACAUCUAUCACUCCAGUGUUAAUACUAAAUUGUAAUUAUUUUUCACUAUGGCCUAUUUAUUGCCUUACCUCCAUAACUUACUACAUUUGCACACACUGUAUAUAGAUUUUCUAUUGUGUUAUUGACUGUAUGUUUUGUUUAUCCCAUGUGUAACUCUGUGUUGUUGUUUUAUCGCACUGCUUUGCUUUAUCUUGGCCAGGUCGCAGUUGUAAAUGAGAACUUGUUCUCAACUGGCUUACCUGGUUAAAUAAAUAAAAUAAAAAAGUUAGACAACGGUCUAGGCUACAUAACGAUACAGUACUCAAGUAUAAAGCUUAGAGAGCGGGGCUGGGGACAACUGGUCAUCUCUGUAUAUGACAUUUCUAUCUGAAAGAGUCUGAACACCUGUUGUCUCUCAGCUGGGCUCCACAGCCAUUGGCAUCCAGACGUCUGAGGGGGUGUGUCUGGCCGUGGAGAAGAGGAUCACAUCUCCUCUAAUGGAGCCCAGCAGCAUCGAGAAGAUUGUGGAGAUCGACACCCACAUCGGUAAGCAGGCAGAGCAGGGACUACUCGCUAGGCAGGGCCAGACACUGUCAAACAACACAAAGAAGUGAACACUUAUUGGAGCUCAGGUUGUUUGUAUAACACAUGACCUGACCGGUCUAUGGAGAAAAGAAGUGUUCUCAAUCAUUCUGGGAAAAUAAAAGGUAACUGGAUGAGGCGGUCAGAAUCAUUUUUAUAGGCUCAACAUAUUUUUGUAUCAGAAAAGUAUUUUUAAGAUAAGCACCACUGUGUAAAAGAGGCCUUGUAUAGACCGUGUUUCAGAGAUAGUAUUCAAAGUUUGAAAAUGUGUUUGAGUGUCCGUCUCAUCUCCUCAAAGGUUGUGCUAUGAGUGGCUUGAUAGCUGAUGCCAAGACUCUUAUCGACAAAGCAAGAGUGGAGACACAGGUAUGUACACGUGUUGAGUUGGCUGAAUUCAAGUACAGGUGCAUUUUCUAGCUGAACAUUACUACACUGUCGAGGUGAAAAUGAACACAUGACUAAUGUUUGCGCUUAUGAGAUGCACACUACGUCGUCAACUACUUGUAAAGCAAUUUUGUACAACAAAAAGGAAAGCAUUUUAGUUCCUCAACUACUUGAUAUGUAAAGUGUUUUAGUUUCUUUCCUUUUUACCCCUGCUUUGUUUGUCCCCUUCCAGAACCACUGGUUCACCUACAACGAGACCAUGACAGUGGAGAGUGUGACCCAGGCCGUGUCUAACCUGGCCCUGCAGUUUGGAGAGGAGGAUGCAGACCCUGGAGCCAUGGUUAGUGACCACAGAAAGAUGAGACAAAACCUCCAAGAUCAACUCACUCACUUACUGCUCACUCACUUAUUGCAAACUUUUUCAUUCAUUCAGUGAUGUAUUAAUUCAUCAAUGUAUGACAUAGAAACUGGUAGAGGUUGAAAGCACUUUUCCAGCUAGUUGUCACUUAUUUUCCCACAGCUGUGAGGUGUCACACUGUACUCAUUCCCUGUGGUUCUCUCUCCUCAGAGCCGACCCUUCGGUGUAGCGCUUCUCUUUGGUGGACUGGAUGAGAAAGGGCCCCAGCUGUACGUUAAUCUAUUCAACAUACAUUUAACACUUUGUUUUUGUGUGGUAUAAUUGGUUUGGGCAAAAUCUUUCAUACCUCACUUCUAAUCCAGGAUUUGUGCUGAGUUUUCAUCAGAAUCAGACCUUCAGUCUUCAUCAGAUGGUGAAAUGUCUCUUGAAUUUCUACAACCUCUAAUUUUCCAACUUCGUGUGUGUGUAGGUACCAUAUGGAUCCGUCAGGCACCUUUGUCCAGUGUGAUGCCCGGGCCAUUGGCUCUGCCUCUGAGGGAGCCCAGAGCUCUCUGCAGGAGGUCUACCACAAGGUACCAUCAUCCUCCUCUCCUCUGUUGCUGUCACCCCAUCAUUACCAUCACCCACCACAACUGUUUCCUUCAUUACUUCCUCCAUCACCCACCAUUCCCUUUCCUUCCUCCUCUCCCACCACAACUCCACCAGACUGUCAGUCGGUUUCAUUCUCCAUCCUAUCACAAGGGUGACGACAGUAUUAUUUAUUUUAUUUAUUAAGCAAGACCUCUGUUUUCUCUCUGGGUGGCCUCUCCAGUCCAUGACGUUAAAAGAGGCCAUCAAGUCAUCCCUCACCAUCCUAAAGCAGGUGAUGGAGGAGAAGCUGAAUGCUACCAACAUUGAGGUGAGCUCUAAUCCUUCAUUCUCAACCACUGACCCUACCUCUAGUCUAUACAUCUAUUGGAGAUGUGGAAGUUGUUGGAUCUAAGCAAUAUUGUGUAAGCUCCACUAAGCCUACCAGACAUCUUGGUGGAGCUAUUGUCAUAUUGUAUUGUUUACCAUAAGUUCAGGUCUGCUCAGCCUUAGUCCUAGAGGGACUAAUAUUUCUGUUUUACUGGUGUACCAGCUAUCGUUAGGGUGAUGGACAGCAAUGAUCCAAAACAUAUCAUCACAUUUGUGUGCUAACCUGCUCUCCCCUCUCUCACCCCUUCAGCUGGCUACAAUAGAGCCAGGCAAGACCUUCCACAUGUAUUCCAAAGAAGAGCUGGAGGAUGUUAUCAAGGACAUCUAGAGCAGAGUGGGGCUUUGUGGGCCUAGUCAGCGCUGAGGAGAGGUAAUCUGCCUGGGCUCUGAGGAUCACCACACAUCUACAACUACAUUUCCUAUCAGCACUCUCUCGCUGCAUUCAUUGGUUCCUUGUGUGGAAGGGAGGCAACUCUUUGUAGUGUGUUAUAUAUUUUUAUUCUUUUGGCUCUGGAUAUGGGCGGCAGGUAGCCUAGCGGUUAAGAGCGUUGGGCCAGUAACCGAACGGUCGCUGGUUCGAAUCCCCUAGCCGACUAGGUGAAAAAUCUGUUGAUGUGCCCUUGAGCAAGGCAGUUGUCCCUAAUUGCUCCUAUAGGUCGCUCUGGAUGAGAGCGUCUGCUACAUG